UCUUUACCUCUUUCGUUCGGCCGGACAGACUGACGUUUUGGAGUCAACAUCAUAUUUAAAGCUCGUGGAGCCGUGGGCAGACUGAAACCCUUCCGCUUUCUUUCUUUUUUUGAUAGGCGUAUACGCCGGAAACGGGAUUUUUAUUUGCGGUGCAUGUAAUCCGGAACGGCAAGCAGAUUGAAUCGGGAUGAAACAGCCAAACAUUCUAGUCACAGGCACUCCCGGCGUUGGCAAGACGCAUCUGAGCAAGCGAGUGGCCGAGCAGCUCGGAUUCAAGUGGCAAAACGUGUCGGAAAUAGCCAACCAAAAUGGGUUCGUCGAGGAGUACGACGAAGAAUUCGAGUGCCCGGUACUGGACGAGGACAAACUGUUGGACCAUUUGGAACCGAUCAUGCAGGAAGGUGGCAACGUAGUGGAAUACCACAGCUCGGAGUUCUUCCCGGAACGGUGGUUCCAGGCAGUCUAUGUGGUGCGCUGUUCGACCUCGCUGCUGUACGAGCGGCUGCAAGCCCGGGGUUACAACGACCGGAAGGUGAAAUCCAAUAUGGAAUGCGAGAUCUUCCAAAUACCCCUGGACGAAGCCAAAGAUUCCUACCGGAGUGAAAUCAUCGUCGACCUGCAGAGUGACACCGAGUCCGAUCUGGAAGGGAAUGUAAAGCUGAUUUGCGACUGGCUGGAGAAGUGGCGAAGCGCCAACGAGGCCAAAAAGCAGUAAACGGAAACAUACCCGCUACAGCUCACAGAGUACGAUCACCACCGUUUUGCAUCCAAAAAAGAAAAACAAACGUUAAAAAAAACGCCGUAA